CACACUCAAGGGGCCAAAGAGCCGCAGUUUGCCGACCACGGAGCUAGGGCCUGGGACUCUUGUCUUUUUUGCCUUCCCGGCAGGUCUGGACAUAGAGUUCACGGGCCUUCGCACUAACCUGUCCGGGUCCCAGCAGAUCAGUCUUUUUGACUUGCCAUCGGAGUGGUACCUAAAGACCCGUCGGAGUGUUCAGCAAUUUACAAUCUGUCAGAUUGGACUGUCUGUGUUUUCCAGUGUCGAAGGCGAGUCGAACAAGUACGUAGCCCAUUCCUGUAACUUCUUUCUCUUCCCUACGACGUUUGGGAUUCUGGACUCGGAAUUCUCUUUCCAGGCCUCUAGCGUACAGUUUCUGAAUCAGUAUGGCUUCGACUAUAACAAGUUUCUCAAACAUGGAAUCCCCUACAUGAACGAAGAGCAGGAGAAGCAAAUCAAACACAACAUCCUGACUGGGAACUGGAGAGUCCGCAGACAGGAGGAGAUGUGCUCACAGAGUUCCUGUCUCCUCCUCACUCCACCAGAUGGUGCUUUCUCACCUCGGAGAGCUGAUUCCCUGGACAAAGACCAAAUGAAGGCGGUGAUCGAUGAGGUGACUCGGUGGCUGCACCUGGCGGAGGAAGGCGACUGGAUGACGCUCCCCGGGAUCACUGGCUUCCAGGCCUUCGAGGUCCAGCUGGUGCUGAGGCAGGCCCUCCCGGACAUCUGGACGGUGCUGAGAGACCAGGCGGUGAUAGUGAAGAAAGUGAGCAGGCAGCACCGCUGGUACCUGCAGAACACCUCCUGCGACCGAGAGAGCUGCUGGAAGGAGAAGAUCCUGCUCUCCGCCAGGGGCUUCUCUGUGUUUUUCCAGAUGCUGGUGAAAGCCCAGAAGCCCUUGGUGGGACAUAACAUGAUGAUGGACCUGCUGCAUCUGCAUGAGAAGUUCUUCAGGCCCCUCCCAGAAAGCUACCACCAGUUCAAGCAGAAUAUCCACAGCCUCUUUCCCGUCCUCCUUGACACCAAGAAUGUGACCAAGGACAUAUGGAAGGACCUGAAUUUCCCGAGGGUUUCCAAUCUCUCCGAGGUGUACGAAGUCCUGAACAGUGAGUUGAAUCCCACCAAGGACUCUGGGCCAGUGAUCAUUCACGCCAGCAAGUGCGAGAGAUACGCUGAGACAAAGUACCCCCACGAAGCAGCAUACGACGCCUUCCUCUGCGGAUCAGUUCUUCUGAAGGUGGCGCACUUGCUCCUGUGGAGAGUGCACGGGGCCGGCCCCACCCCGGAGCCCUCCUUCCCCCUGUACCUGGACGUGCUGGCCCCCUACGUGAACCAGGUGAACCUGAUCCGCGCUGGGGUCCCCAAGAUCAACUUCUCUGGCCCAGAUUAUCCCAGUAUCCGGCCCCCCAUCCUCAUCCUCAGCGUCCGGAGGUGGCCAGGGGUCACCGAGCAGCAGAUCUAUCGCGAGUUCCAGAGUCUCUGCAAAUUUGACGUCCGGCGACUCACACGGAACCAGUUCCUGCUCUUGACCAACAAGUUCAAGGACGCCCGGAGCAUCCUGAAGGAGUACCGGGGCCACCCCACGCUGCAGGUGUCGCUGUACCGGUACUGGAGGCACUCCCCGGACGUCCACUGCCUGCUGCAAGUCUGUGGCAUAGUCACCGCCUGGGCCCUUCUCACGUUUCUCCUGGGGCGACCUGGCCCCUGACGCUGCCCGAGCCCUGCUGCUCCUGUCCGCGCCUCUCCGGGAGGCCAGCCCGUUUGUGUUCGUGUGAAUCGUAUUCUACUUGCCAAUGGACCUGCCUGGUCAUUGCGAGGGAUUUCGUUAUGUUUUGAGCGAGAAAUUCUGUAAAUGUUAUCAAUGAUACAGACAUCCUUGGGCGGCUCUCCCUCCGG